CAUAUCUCUUGUUCAAUAGGCAAAAUACGUUUCACGCAACUGUAAAUUAAACCAUUAAUGUAUUUGUAACGAUCAUGAAAUUAUCACCUUUAACACUUCCGAUUAUUGCUGGUAUUUUUAUCUUAGUCGACGGACAAAAGGGAUGUCGUAGACGAAGAAUCAAAUAUGUACAGCCAAUCUUACCACCACCUCCUCCUCCUCCACCACCUACUUUUACUUGCCAGUCUUUUGAUGAUGACAUAAUCGGCAGGGAUGUCGGCAAUACAGAUAAUCCAAACCAUCCAAAUCUGAGCUGCUUACUGUUCGCCGAUGACGGCUGUAAUGUUUCCUGUAAUCUCAUGUGUGACAUAAAUGGCUGCCAAAGCGACGGAUAUUGCAGUCAAAAGUUAUACUGCCAUUGCAAUGAAGUAUACUUUAUCGAGAAUCAAGCGAUCUCAGCGGAUCAAUUUAAGAAGCUAACUUUUGAAGAUCUAUGGGCUUAUAAAUUCAAAAGUUCCAAUAAUUCUCCAAACUUGAAAAACCGUAUAUUUCAAAGCAAACAGCUGUAUAAUUUUAUAAUGCCCUUACUUCAGAAUCCUCACAUAAGUGGACGCGAUAUCAAACAAGCGUUAAUCCAAAAAUACCCAAAAUUAUCAUCAGCAGCUGAGAAUUUGCUACCUCGAGAGCAUGGAGUCAAGACGAAAUUAUUUGGUGAUAACGAAGCUGGAGAAAAUCUGCAUCAGUAUAUUCAAAGUAUGAUGAACACUAUACAGAAUUCAAUUUAUGAUCGAUUAAGUCAUAUGAGGUAUAUGCGUAGGAUUAUUAAUCUGAUCAAGAACAUAGAUAAUAAAGAUGACCUUUCUUACAUCUUGCGGCAAAUCCGCCAGAUUGGUAACGAAAGGUUAUUUGAGAGAGUGAGAAGGUAUCUCAUGAAGAGAGGCUACUUCUUUGAUGAUGAUCUCAGACCUAUCUCCAAAAAAGCUGGCUUUUGCAUGAAAAAGAAAGCCAAGUGUAAAUGUAAAAAGAAAUUUAAAUCCAAGCCGAAGAGAUUCUUCUAUAAUUAUGGAAACACAUUUGUUAACGAUGAGGAUGAUUCUGAUUGGGUCGAAGAUGAAGAGGAAGUAAUCGAGUUGGCGCUUAUAAAUGAACUCAUUGGCAGUAAUAAUGCUGAAGGUAAAUAUCCCAGCAAUACAAUCUUGGACAAACAACCACUGCAAGAUGCGGAGUAUACAAUGGGUCAAAUAGAUGAAGAGGUUCCAUUUAUUGAGGAUACAAUCAUUACAAAACCUUCACCAACAAUUAAUGCAAUAGCAGAUAAAAAUACACAACUCAACAAAAAUCCAAUGAUACCUCAGAAUGAUGCUUCUUAUGUAAUCACCUCAGGAGGCUCUGGGAACUCGGCUGUCAUAUCUAAGCAACCAAAGAAAUUUACACAGCAGAUGAAUUACCCAGAAUAUGAGGUUCCAAUACUUGAAGAUACAGUCAUUACAAAACCUUCACCUACAAUCAAUGCAAUAUCAAAUCCAACUAUACCUCAGAGUGAUGCUUCAUAUGUAAUCACAUCUGAUAGCCCUGGGAACUCUGCCAUCACAUCACAGCAACCAAAGACAUUUGUACAGCAAAUGAAUUAUCCAGAAUACUCGUAUGAGACUCCAGUUACUGAGGAUACAACAAUUAUGAAACCUCCACAAACUACCCCCAAUGUAACACCUGAAAACACAAUCCAAUUCAACAAAAAUUCAAUUGUAACUCCUACUGAUACUACAUAUGUUAUUACUUCUGAUACUCCCAAUUCCUCAGAGAUCAUAUCUCUACCACCAAAUACAUAUGUGCAGCAGAUUAACUAUCCAGAGUAUAAUAUUCCAAUAAUUGAAGAUGGAACAAUCACAAAUUCUUCACAAGCUACAUAUAAUGUGUUACCUGACAAGAUUACCAAAUUCAAUCAAAACUCAAUGGCACCUUCCACUCAUACUACAUAUGCAAUCACUUCAAAUACUCCAGAUUACUUUACGAACUUACCUCAGCAGCCAAAAAUAUACUUACAGAACAUGAAAUAUCCGGAAUAUGGAACAUUCCUCAAUGGUGCUGGAAAUGAUUACAUCUUUGAGAAACCACAGCCAGAUUCAUUUUCCAACACAUUCACAAAUUAUGAUAAUCAGCCAAUUUCCAAUUUGUUUACAUCUCCACAAACCAUGUACUUUGAAGAAAAGACACAACCAAGUACUGUUCCACUUCAAAAUCCCAACACAGCCACAAUGGAAUACACUAGUAAGCCUACAUCAACUCCACUGACAAUCUCUUCUCAAACUGGGGAGCAAGCACCUCAAACAAUAGUUAUGGAACCUCAAGUCCUUCAUAGUUCUUCAAAUAUAGAAAAUAUCCCACAACUUAUCAAACCUCCCACACCACCUUUUAUGCCUAAGAUUGAGCGGAUCAAUGAGUCAACCAUACCAUCUCCUCAACUUAUUCAAAAACCUUCAAAACCACUUCAACCCUCUCAAAAUCUCGCAGACCUCACACAUAAGAUAACCACAUCUUCUCAAAAACUCGAAAAUCAAAAACCACAACUCAUAAAGCCAGCUCAGAAUCUUCUACAACAAUUCAUUACAGAGAAACCAGCUCCAAAAAUACCAGAAACAAGCCCAUAUCUGCAUAAACCAUUGAACACUGAAGAUCUUAAAGUGCUUGACAUUCCUGAUACUUCUCCUUCUGUAGAGUCUUCAUUUGUUAAACAUCACUAUGGUCCUGAAACAACAAGCACCAUGAAAAUGCUUCCCCCAUCACCACAAACUUCCAUCAACAGGCCCGAAUCAUACACAGAAUAUUUCAUAGAAGAUGAAAAAACAACCCCAUCUCUCCCUGAAUCACAAGCAUCACCUAAAGUAUACUCAGAAUCAUCUUACAGUAGUUCACUUCCUGAACCUAAUUUACCUCAAAUAGAAACUGCUACACCUUACAAUAAUUAUGAUUUAGUCAACAAUAAUAAUAAUUUUGAUGCACCUCCUACUUAUCCCUUAUCCAGUGAUAACUUUGCAGAUUAUCAUAAUCAUAUACCACAAAUGAGUUCGCCUGAAACACAAUCAACCAAAAUACCACCACCUCCAGUUAUGCAGCCACCUAAAAAUAAGAUUUAUUAUCAAAUAUUAAUGGAUGAGAAUGGAAACAUAAUCAAAUCAGCCAAUUAUCAAUAUGCCAAUCAACCCCAAUAUUACCAAGACACCCAAUUACCAUCUGGACCAAUUCCUCAGUAUACACCAACCACUGGCCCAGCAGAUCAGCCAUUGUUGGAUAAAUUUGAUAAGCAAACGUUACUAAAUGCUGCUAAAGCCAAACCAGGAGAAAGUGUUGCAAUUGACUAUGAUUUAGAAAACACAGACAAUAUACCAGUUUUUGAUAUUCCUUCAGAUAUAGACAUGGCUUCGGGAACAUUGAGCAUGUCUCCUGAUGCAUUUAAUGAAUAUGUUAUGCAACAUAAUGAAAAUAGUGGUAAUAAUUGGGAGACAAUGCCUAUAAGCUACACCACUGAAGAUUCAUAUAAUGUAAUGAAUAGCCCUGGAAUUAUCAAAGCGCAAAACACUGGAAUGAAUUUGUUAAGAACUGACACACAAUAUCCCUUUGAAAUUGAUAAUAAUAAUCUUCAAAUCCAAACAAAUGAUGGUUUAACUUUAGAUUAUGAAGAAAAUGGUGCUGGUAAUAAUAAUUGGUCAACUUAUUCAAUCAGUGACACAGGUCCAUCAAACAACCUUCCCAUUGAUUAUCAAAAUUAUAUGAUUGAUAUGGAUAACAUGUUAGUCAAGAAUGGUCCUGGAACAAUGUCAAAUGGCAAUGAUAUGAUGCACUAUGACUUAAAUUCAGAUGAGGGAGCAAUUAAUAUAGAAAUUCACGAUGGUCCUGAUUAUGCAGAUGGAAAUGCUCUAACACACAAAUCUGAAUAUAGUGCUCACAAUUCUAAAAACUUUCUAGCAGAGAAAGGGAAUGGAAUCUCUCAAAACUUGAACUCCGAUGAAAAUUCCAUUACUAUAGAUAUCAUGGGUGAAUCCAACAGUGCUGAAGGAAAUAUCAAUAAAUAUGGGUCAAGUUCAAAAUCUAGCAGUGUAAUUAAAACGAGUUAUCAAGCUAGCUCUAAAACCACAAAUAAUAAUACUGUACCAGUAAAAGUGAUCAGUCAUGUUGAUCCUAAUUCAUCAAAAAAUGGAGAAGACAUUUCUACAGCUUGUGAUUUUCCAGUUGACCCUGAAGACGAUUUAUUGAAUUUCUAAAUUCACACACAAAAAAAAUCAUUUUUUAAUUGCAUAUCAAUUUAUACACAUUUUGAUUCAUAAAUGAGUGCCCUACAAAGGGAUAUUUACAAAUACUUUGUCACCUAAAUGUCUUAUUAUUACUGAAAUGUCAAAUUGUUCAUGGUUGAAGAAAAUAAAAAUAUUAAAAAAAUUGU